AUGUUACAAGAGGUACCUGAAAUUCAGUGUUAUAAACGUUGUAAAGAUAUUUUGAACUUUCUGUAUCAAAUGCACGCCAUGCUCGGGAAAAUGAUUCAGAGCAAUAACAGAAAAACAACAAUUAUGCGAACACUCACUAGUUUGUUACUACUGUUGCUGAUCACCUGUACAUAUGGACAACAGCAAGAAGUUUCGUCUCAAGACAGUUCGUCGACUACGUCGACGGAAGGGACUUCCACAGAAUCUACAGGCUCAACGUCCACCCAAAAGAAAGAAGAUUCGUCCAGUGACAGUUCAACGACUUCAUCGACGGAAGCGAGUUCCUCAAAAUCUACUGGCUCAAAGUCCACCGAAAAAACUGAUGAUCAAACGUCAAACGGUUCAACGACUGAAUCAAUGGAAUUGACUUCCUCAAAAUCUACAAGUCCAAUGUCCACCGAUGGUUCAGUGCGUCCCGUGAUUCACACAAGUGGUUGGAUUUUUUUGCUGUCCGCGCGAGCUCUCAUCUUCUAA